AUGCUUUGCUCCAUUCUGUUGCUGGUCAGCAACGUCGCGAGCUCUCUUGCAGCCCAAAACCUUUCCGGGCAGCAACGUUCUGAGACAAGUUCUUUGCCAAAAAGCAACGAAGGGGACCGUGGGUCUGCGUUUCCAGCAAGGCAGCGAGACGAGACAUGGUGCCCACACAUGCUGCAGCUCGAGCGAAGAAAGCGGGAGCCAGAGUAUGUCGCUGCCAGCUUCUCUUCCAAGCCACCCUCCUCCCGUGCCCUUGUCUUGUGGCCAGCGGUAAUGUUGCAUAGCGUUUGGUUGUGUGGGCAGUUGAGUCCUCCCGCCCCGCAUUAUGGGGACGUUGCGUUUCCCUCGGUAUGUAGUCUCAAGGAGCGAGUUCGCGGGUGGAGGGUGUCAGCGGAGGGCGUCAGCGGAGGGUGUCAGCGGAGGGCGUCAGGGGACGACGUGGUGGCAAUGGACGGCCGUGGUCUUGAGCCGGCACAGCAACGCAACAGCAAGACUGCUGCGCAAAUGACUGCACACGAACGAGUACUUCGUGUGCCCUGCCCGUCCGUUGACGCCGCGCCAAGGAUGGCUUAUCGAUAUCAGCCUCAUCCUCCUGACUAA